AUGGGCCGGGGAGGCGCAGGGAGUCCCAGCCCGGGUGGCGAGGUGCUGGGCAUGCGCGCGACCUGCAGUGUCAGCUCGAUCGGAGAUCGUACCGAGCUUAUUGGGCCUUUACCGCCAGCACAACACGCAAGUGCGGAGGGAAGGGGGGUGGGAGAUGAGCGUGACAACGACGACGAUGAGAAGGAGGAGGAGGGCUACGCAUUCUUCUCCUUCAUAGAUAUCAACUGCACGGUGCGUGCGCGGGAGGGGGAGUUUCUGGUCGGCAGUGCCGGGGAGAAGGGGAGCGGGUGGUUGGGGUUCAGUGUCAGCUUUGAUGGCUGUGCGAUUGAGAGGCCGAGGGUGGAGGGCGAGUGGAGGGCGUUGAUGGAGGCGCUGUUUGAGGAGGUCGAGGCUGGAAAUGAGGACGGCCACGACGAGGUCAAAGGGAGUCAGGAGUCAAGCGAAGCGCAGCGGAAGCGGGCGGGAGGGGGAAGAGUUGAGACGAUGCGCGAUGGGAAGGCGAGCGUCAUGGCCAAGUUGUGA